AUGCCUGGUGUCUUCACCAGUCACGGCCUUUCUGUGCUGUGGCUGCACAGGGUUUGCCAGACCCGCUCGGCAAAGACCAUCUCCAGGGUGGCCUAUCACGAGGGGGUGGUGAUCGUGACCUGCCCGGGCUGCGGGAACCACCACGUCAUGGCCGAUAACCUGGGCUGGUUCUCGGACCUGCAGGGGAAGAGGAAUAUCGAGGAAAUCCUGGCAGCCAAAGGUGAGAAGGUGAGACGUGUGGCUGGUGAGGAAGCCUUGGAACUGCUUCUGGAAAACUCAGCAGAUCCCAGGCCUGAAGGUCAGCCCGCCGAGGGAGGAAGCGGGGACACCCCCCCAGGGACUGGUGCCAAGGGACAGACCUGA